AUGCCGCGUAGUACACACAACACGCAUGAGCGCUGCAGCAGCAGCAGCAGCAGCAACAGCAGCAGCAGCAGGAACAGCAGCAACAGCAGCAGAAGAAACAGCAGCAACAGCAGCAACAGAGACAGCAGCAUCGAUGGCAGCUGCUGCUUCUCUGUCUAUACUCGAGCCUUCUUAACACGGGGAUCAUAUCAACCGAGGCAGCUCUCUCUGCUGCUGCUGCUGCUGCUGCUGCUGCUGCUGCUGCUGUGUAGCAGCAGAGUGUCUGCGUACUGCUUGUCUUCUCCAGCACACGUAGGGGCCUUUGCAUGCUCUACUAAGUAUCAGCAGCAACGAGUUGCUGCUGUCUCAGGCGCAAGAGCAGCAGCAACAAGAGCUGCAGCAGCAGCAGCAGCAGCAGCAGCAGCAACAGCAGCAACAGCAACAGCAGCAGAUGUCGCUGAUGAUCCUUUGCCUGCUUGGGCCGAAGACCGCCAGCGAAUCUCCCACAUCCAUGCGCUUGCUGAGCAAGCCCAGCAGCAGCAACAGCAGCAGCAGCAGCAGCAGCAGCAGCAGCAGCAGCAGCAAGAGCUGGUGCUGCUGAGAGAUGUUAGUAUAUGUGGAUGGGCUGCGUCUGUGCGUGAGGGGGCCUCGGGGUCUCUUAGAGAUGUUAGUAUAUGUGGAUGGGCUGCGUCUGUGCGUGAGGGGGCCUCGGGGUCUCUUCUUUUUAUUGAUGUCUCCGACGGCUCCUCUCCGCAGCCGCUGCAGUGUGUUGUUCCAGCAGCAGCAGCAGAAGCAGCAGCAGCAGCAGCAGCAGCAGCAGCAACAGCAACAGCAGCAGCAGCAGCAGCAGCAGCAGCAGCCGAGGGAGGAGACUGA